AUGGUGUUUUUACCCAACGCCAAUAUUUACACUGAUACAUUUUAUAAAAUCACAUAUUUGCAGAUAGAGAAACGGACUGACAAUCUAGAAACUGCGAUGAAGUUCUCAACAAUUUCACCUAUUGAUCCAUUACCAACGAAAUGUUGUUAUGACUUUAUAUCCUCUGCUCUUUGGAAUGAAUUACACCAACAACGACCCGGCACUAAAUAUUUAAAUAUACUGUCAUAUCAGUAUCCUCAAUAUUUUUUACCAAAAUAUUUGACGGUGUUAAUGCACCAAAAGAAAAAAAUAUUGAACAGUAUCUCUGGUAAAUAUUGUAAGAUAUUAGAUGAAAUGUUCGAUGAUCUUGGAGCUUCUAUUAUGUCAAACAUGAUAAAGUACAAAGAGGCACAUUGGGAAUGGCAUGCGGCCCAAGAAGUUAUCGAUGCUUAUAACAAAGAAAAGACUUUUAAAGAUAGUUUGUGUGCGGUUGAAAAUUCUGCUGAUGAAUCGUCAGAAUCAUUCAUAACAGUUAUUUUAAACGAGAUAAACAUGUCACAACAAAAAUUAAAAUCAACAACGAAAAAGAAUAAUCAAUUAGCAGAACAAUUAGCCGAACAGAGAAAUGAAAUAUUGGAAAAGGAACGAACGUACAGUCGAGUGCUAGUUCAAAUCGAAGAACAAAUAGAUAGAUUGAAAAAACAAAUCAACAUCGAAAAACGCGAUAUAAUGACUAGAGAAAAUACUAUUAAAGAGCUUCAGAAAAAACGUGAAGAACUGUUAAAAUAA